AUGCUACAGUCAGCCGCGUAUGCAAGUUGGUUUGAAGACAAUCUUCGCUGCACCAAGCCGACUUUCCUACGGAUUGCUAGUUUACUACGAGAUCAAGGUGUUCUGUUUGCUGCUGCCAAAGUACGGCAGCAUAGCUUUGAGAAGAAAGUUGCAGCCGCGCUUUACUUUUUAGGCUCAACUGGUGGGUACCGAGAGGUCGGUGGUGCUAUGGGUAUGUCACGGAGCUACGUAAUGGAGAUUACGACCGAGGUGGUGCGCGUCUUACGAGCAAUGGCGGCGGCUGUCAUUUCGUUUCCACGCAGGAGAGAGGACUGGGAUGCGAUCGAGUCAGGUUUCGCUGCGCGUCAUGGCUAUCCUGGUGUGGUGGUCGCCACUGGCUGA